AAAAUAAAGCGGUAGCGCCACAAAGAGAUGGCCGAAAUAAUGGUGAGCGCUUCUACUGGAGUGAUGAACUCCCUGCUGGGUAAGCUGACAAACCUAUUGGGGGAGGAGAUCGGCAAGUUCGGAGGCUCACAAAAGAAGCUGCAGUUUCUCAGUGAAGAGCUUAGAAGCAUGAACUUACUCCUUGAGAAGCUUGCUGAUAUGGAUGACCUUGAUUGCGAAACCAAGUACUGGAGAAACCAAGUGAGGGAGAUGUCAUAUGACAUCGAAGACAUCAUUGAUGACUUUAUGCUUCACAAAGAGGAUAAAAGUGAAACUAAUGGGUUAAUGCGACGUUUAAAAACGUUGAGGUCUAAGUAUCAGAUUAGUGGACGUAUCAAAGAGAUAAAGAUUUUGCUGCAUGACGCCAGUGAGCGGCGCAGGAGAUAUAAGCUUGAUGAGCGUAUCACCAGGACAAGCAAUGUGGCCAUUGACAAGCGAGUUAUUGCACUCUAUGCUAAUGUUGCUCAUCUUGUUGGCUUGGAGGGGCCAAUGAAUAAGCUUGUAAAGUGGCUAAUUGAUGGGUACCUAGAGUUGAAGGUGGUAUCAAUUGUCGGAUUUGGAGGUCUAGGCAAGACAACACUUGCAGAUCAGGCAUACCGUAAGCUGCAGGACCACUUUGACUGCCGAGCAUUUCUCUCAGUGUCUCAAAAACCUGACAUUAAAAAAAUUCUUAGUAACUUGCUUUCGAAGCUUAGGAAACUUGAGGAAGAACCUUCUUGUGAUUCUUGCGAAUUGCACGAUCUCCUUGACAACCUCAGGAAUCGUCUACAAGAUAAGAGGUGA